UCAAUUAUCUGACGAAGAUUUGAAGAAACUUUAUUGGAUGGUAUUUCAAAAACUCAUAGGAAUUUCCCGAGAUGCUUUACAAAUAUACUUUGACGGUAAAUUCCCCAAAGAAGACCUAGAAAAUGUACUCAAGACUAAUGAGAACGACAUGAAGAAUGGUCGUUACAAAUUAGGGAAAAAUGAGAUAUCGAUUCUAUUUCCUGAUGACGGAAGUUGUCCAUUAUCUUCAACAUUUGACAUAACGAUAUUGUACAAACUCCUAAGAAAUUAUGGUGAGGAUAUGCCGAAACCAAGCCAGGGAUGGGGAAAGAAACCACACAUUGGAGACAAAAAAGAGACCGAUGAUUUAGAAAGAGUCCGAUAUUACAGAAACAUGUUUUGUCAUGCAACACCCGAAACAAGUAUUAUGGAGAAAGAUGACUUUGAACUGAGCUGGAUGGACUUAUCCAAGGCAAUAAUGAGAUUAAGCAACGGGACAUUAACGGCAAAAAUAAAUGAAUUGGAAAAAGAAAUUCCAACUUAAUUUGAGACAAUCCUGUGGUGAUAAAAUGUAAAUAAUGGAGAGUGGAGGUGAAGAUCAAUUCCAUUAAUUGGCACAGGAAAUAGAUCUUUAAUAAAAUUCAUUAUAAAGAAAAACAUGUAUAAAUCAUGUGAUGAAUCUAGAAGGUGAGUUGGCACUUUGUUGUUACAACUGUAUAAACAUGUUUUGUUAUAAGGAAGCAUAGUUUGAAUAACCUUUAUCUUCCUUUCUACUGACUUUUACGAUACUAUUCACAAAGAAUCAGCCGAUUCCGUAUUAACAAAGUUAUUCCGCCAAUACAUACAUAAUUGCGUGAAAAUAUCAAUGUAUUAUAGCAUUUAAAAGAAAAGAAUUUUUAAAAUUGAAAAAAAAAAUUUUUCUGUCAGUGAUGUUCUAUAAAUUUUAUGUGGUGUGUUGGUGUAAAGGUUUGUAUAUGUAUAUUUUUAGAAUGCUGCAGUUCAUAUACUUUACGUGUACAUAAAUUUGCGUAUUAAAAAUUUGGAACAAUCACUGGGUACUGAGUUGUUUGGGAUUCAUGAGUUAUCGCUACACACUUCUACACUGUAUAUUGUAUUUACAUUGAAUUGUUAGCAGCAUUCAUGUUUAGCGGCUUUAAAGCAUCUUUGACUGCUCCAAAGCCACUAAAAUAUAAAGACCAUUUUUAUGUACAGGCACAGCAUAUAAAUGCUUUAUUUCGGAGCUUUUUUUUGUUUUCACAUUGGAUCAUAUUUUGAAAUUCAUAAUUAUGCACUGCUUGUAUUGUCAAAAGCAAUACUUUUUUUGGCUUUAAAAAGCAAAAAUAUGUAUAUAUUGUUGUCUUUUUCUCAUUAUGCUGAAUCGAUUGUCAAUGUUCAUUUUAAUCAUUUGCUAAUUAGACCUGAGACUCUAGUACAAUUUCUGGAUCAAAACUUCUCCAUUGUCGGUUCCUAGGGUUGUUGUUGUUUAAUUUUUUACACAUCCUUGUUCUCUAUCAAUCUUUUUGUCUCUGGUGUAACAUAGGGCUUCAGCAAUAGUUCCAAUGUUUGCAGCAGCCUUUUUCCGUUGUACCCAGCUAUUAAAGAAAAUUCAUUCUUUUCAUUGAGCUAGCAAUUAGCCUCAGAGAGUGCAGAUUCAUUUUUUUAAAACUAAUAUUGAUAUCAUCCGAGUUAAGAAUUGGGCAACAAAACUGGAUCAGGUUAAACAAGGAUAUUUGUUGUGAAAAAAGCUUUUAAACCCCUUGAGUUAAACUUUAUAUAAAUUAGAAUAUAAUCUAACAUAGGAAGUCUUCUACAAAAGUGCAAGUUCAUAUUAGUAAUGUUUAUAUGCAAUGUAGAACAAAACUUUAAAAGUUUUCAUCUCCAUGCAAAGAUUAAUUAUUCUAUAUACUCAUAGGAAGCAUCUGUAUGCAAUACAUAUCUAAUAUGUUUUUACCCUGAUGAAUAGGAUUGGGCUACCAAAGGGAUUCUGGAAAACUGUGCGUUAAAAAACUCUGAGACUAUACGAAGUCAAUCAAAAACAAAUAAACACGUUUGAAAUAUCACAAAUUCCAAAUCGCUCAAAUCAUGGCCUCAUAGGAUAAAGUUGGGCAAAACAAACAGAUUUACACUCGGUCCUUUUUAUGAAUUUAAAUUUUCUUCUCAAACCCUUACUUAUAAGUGAACUUAGGUAGUGAUCUUUUAGUUUGUUCAAGCGAUAGCCCAUGUUAGGAGGUUAGAGACACAAUAAGAAAUGAAACUUUAACAUGGGAAUGAGAAAAAAAUGUUUAAAUUCUUUAAAAGCCUACUCAGAUAAGAAAGGUCAUAUAUAUCAUAUACAAAGGUCAUAUAUAAAGGUUAUAUAUUUGAUAUACGUAAUAUAUUGGAAUCUUCUUUGUAAAAACAAUGAGCAUUUAAUAUGUAUUAAUUUAUGUAGAUAGGUCAUAAUAAGCCAUUUACAUGGCUAAACUUCCUCUGAUGGAAGAGAUUAAGGUUUGCACAAUUUAAUGUCUUAGAAGUGGGGUUUAAGAUUUCACUACAAAUUGCCAACCCUAGCGCAAGCUAGGGUUUUGUGAAACUGGGGUGAAAAUUAACACCAUCCAUGUCUAUAGAAAAAUAGCGGAUUUUAGUUCAGUUUAUCCAAGACCCCUUGAAGGUAGGAUGGAUGCAGUUGUGUACAUGUCUGGGUUUUUGUUGUUAUUUUUUUUUUCUUUAGGAGAAGGGGGCGGGGAUUUAGUAUAAAGAUUAAACACAUCUCGUCAGGUGAGCAGAGUUUGUAUGAGCGUCUCAUUUUUGUUGUAUAUGUUUGAUUAAGGAUAUUUUCCUGAACCAUUUUGGAAAAUGUUUAUAAAUUAGUGUAAAGUAUAGAAGGUAUUCAUUUCUUUUUACCGAUUCUAGAAUUAUGUCCAGUGUUCCAUAUAAACAACAAAAUUGGUUUUGGGAAAUACGUUUUGGAUCGCCCGAAGAAAAGUUUUAAAGUUUCCUUAUAGAAUUUGUUGAUCUUUAAAGAUGUUUUUUCAUGUAUCUGUAUAUUUACUGCAAUUUUACACCUAUAAAGCCAUUUUCAGCCAUUAUACUAAAGUGUAUUCUU